AUGGACAUGGCGGCGGCGACGGCGGCGCUGCGCGUGCACGUGUCGGAUCAAAACAGCAACAGGCAACUUGCGGCGGAGGCGGGCGCGAUCGAGGCGGUCGUGGCGGCGCUGCAGGCUCACCCGCAGGUGGCGGAGGUGCAGGAGCAAGGCUGUAGGGCGCUGCGCAACGCGGUGGCGGCGGCGAUGCGCGCUCACCCGCAGGAGGCGGGCGUGCAAGGGCAAGGCUGCAGGGCGCUGUGCAACGUGUGCUCCGGCACCGACGGCGCAGGGCGCGCACGCGAGCAGCGCGCAGCAGCGAUAGUGGCGGCGCUGCAGGCUCACCCGCAGGAGGUGGAGGUGCAGGCGGAAGGCUACAGGGCGUUGGGCAACGUGUGCUCCGGCACCGACGCCGCGGGGCACGCACGCAGCCAGCGCGCAGCAGAGGCGGGCGCGAUCGAGGCGGUUGUGGCGGCGAUGCAGGCUCACCCGCAGGAGGAGGAGGUGCAGGAAUUUUACAACAAAACUCCCUAA